GUCGAGAUGGAGCAGAUAGUUCAACUUGGAUGUUAUUAAGAACUAAAAUUUAAUUAUAUUGGAUUGCUUUUCAGAUUUCCCGUACUCGUCAUUUACAGCUUGCCCAGCUUCUUCAAGGAUUCAACCGAGAUCUGGGUUGCCUUUCGCCACACACACCAAACCUUUUGCCGAAUCUGUUUGUUUUUGACAUGGAUUUUUAUCAUUUUUUAUUCUUACUCCGAGUUGCCAUUGCCAAUGGUUGAGGUGUAGCAUGUCUCUUGCCAUGUGAGGGCUUUUACUACUGGCUUCCCUCCGUUUUUCCGCCCUUUACUGAUAUUCGGAUUAUGACAGGCAAGUCCCCCAAAGGUCGCCUGUCAAACACCAAACCAAAAAUUAAAUUAAUAUUUCAGGGUUUACGCAAAGCGGGUGGAAUAUGAUCCAUCUCUAACAAUGGCGGGUUGGCUCUCUUCAAAGCUCAAAGUUGCCGAGGAUUUCCUUCAACAGAUUGAUCAGCAAGCUGCAGAAUCCCUCGGCAAGCAAGAAAAGCCUGGAUUCCAUGAUUUAGGUAGUUCCGCCUCUGUUUUCAGUGAAACCUCUCCUUUGCAAGACCAAAGGUUUAAGCCAAAAGGGUCACAUGAGAGCCUUGAAUUUUUAAAAAAUAAUAGGUCAGUGACAAAUGUUGAGACAGACAAGCCUUCACAGGUUAAAUAUCUACAAGGUGUUAAGAAAUCCAGUCCAUCAAUUAACCCCAUUCGGCAGCAGGAGGUGGCAUUGGUUAAGUCUUCUAGUAUUAGGACGAGGGUUGCAAAGCCCUUGCCAGAUGACUGGACAGAACUUUUAGCAUCCCCUGAACUUUCGACACGUGGAAACAAUGAUGGAACCUCAAGCAAAGAUGCAUACAGUAACAGUAAUGGAAUUUCAAAUGGGGUAUUCUUCUCUAGUUCUUCCAAGCAUACUCUAUCCAAUUCUAGUCUUGGGAGGACGUCUCAUCAGGUGGAUGCCUCUUCUGCAUCUAUUAGAUUUCAUGAUUCCAAGAAAAAUGUGAAUUAUGAUGGUAAAUUGAGACAGCAUUCAGAAUUUGAUUACAGAAGCAAAGCAGGUCAUCCGCAAGGUGAAGCAAGUCUUAAAUAUAGCAAUGAACAUGACACAAUUCCUGAUAGUAGCUCUUCCAUUCAACGGAAUGGAUAUGAUUCUUCUUCAUCUGAAGUUUCUCCAAAUGGGUGGAAUGGAAAAGACAAAGUGCACAGGAAAUCUUAUGAGCAGUUUGAAGCAAAUCAAGAUGCCAAGGAAAGUAACGAAGCGCCCUCUACUUCAGAUGUGAAGGAACAUGGCUCGACAAGAGUGCAACCUCUAGAGAACUCUGGGGAGGCUUCUUCAGAGCCUGCUUGUGAUUCUUAUGAUAAGAAUUUAGAUAUAUCUUCCUAUAAUCAAAAUAACCGCUUUGAACAGAAAGAUGCAGAGUUAAUUGGAAUUAAUGAGAAUGGUAUACCUAAGGGUAAGAGUGAUGACUCCCCUCUAUCACCUGAGGAAAUCAAGACAGAUGUGGCUAGCUUAGUGAGGGAUGGUAAGCAGGAUCAAUGUCAGCAUGAUGCUGAAAGAGAUGGAUUUAACACAGAUGCUUCAGAGGUGCAAAUUGAUGACAUUCAAAGUCACUAUAAGCAAGUGCAAGAAAUACCUACAGUUAAAUUAGAUGGUGUCCAUUAUAGUUCAUCACAAAGCGAUGGGAGGUCUGAGACAGAGACAGACUCAGCUUCAGCAUCUGAUUCAGAGGAUGAUGAAGUUGAAAGGCGCAAACAGUCACAGAGAAAAAGAAGGGCAGCACAAGAAGCUGCAGAGGCAGCAGCUCUUGAGGCUGCUAAAGCCGCUAUAAAAGAGAGAGAAGAGUUUGUGAUGAGACUGGAAAGGGAGAAGGAAAGGCUGGAGCAAAUAUUGGCUGAACGUGAAGAAAAGCAGGCUAGAGAAGCUGUAGAACUUCAGAUGAAUAUGAAAGAGACAAUGCAAGCUGUGGACUUGGAGAAGCAAAACCAUAAUAUUACCAGAAUGGAAGCCCUUGCACGAGUGGCUGCAUUAGAGACAGAAAAUGCAGAUCUUGCCAUGUCCCUUGCUGCAGUACAACGGAAUCUUGAACUAGAGUUAGAUCAUGUAGCAGAUCUACGACGAGAUAUAGAGUCAAAAGAGGUAGCUCAGGCAGAGCUUGAGAGAAGGCUGGCACUUCUCCGCCAUACGCUAGCAGGUUCUGAUCAGGUUGAUAUUUCAAAACAAACUCAGUUGGAACAAGAAGGAUUUGAUGAAAGAAAGUUAAAUUUAUGUGAGAAAAUUGAACAAGUGCAAGUUAAGGUGAAACAACUGGAAGAAAAUAUAGAGAGAACUACUGAAGCAUGGGAGGGUCCAACUGAAGUAGAAGUGGAAUUGGAGAGCAGGCUUUCACAGCUUACUGAUCAUCUCAUCCAAAAACAAGCACAGGUUGAAACCCUCUCUGCAGAGAAAGCAACAUUGCUUUUCAGGCUAGAGGCACUUUCCAACACACUAUAUGAAGAAAGGUACCUGGCACAAUCACAAACAUCAAAGGGAAACAAGUCAAAUUAUCUAGAUUCAAUUUCUAUGGAUGAAGAUGUGGAGUUUGGAUUGGCAAGGCCAUAUGAUCCGAGAAGAGGAAUUUAUGAGAAUGAAGACUUUGAAAGAAGCCCUAUUUUCUUUCUUCUCCGCCAAUUUGAUAUGAUCUUUUCUGCUGGUGCUUACUAUCUACGUAGGCAUGGGAUAGCAAAAUGCUUUGCCUUAAUUUACCUUUUGGCUCUGCACAUUUGGGUUAUAUUUGUUAUGUUUUUACGCACUCAUGAAAAUCAAGACAUAAAAUCUGGUGCUUUAUUCUCCUUAGAGAGCAUUAAUAAUGGGACAAAUUCUUUAAAUUCUACUCUGUCUUAGAAUGUACGUGCUGCAAUUCUUUAAAAACCAUAGAAUUAUGGUCUCGGUGUAAUGUAUAACGACGCAAUAUGUGAAAACUUUCUUGAUGCUGUGCUGUCAAUUUAGGUGCUGCUUUCUUAUUUGAAACUUUCUUGAUACCAUGCUGUCAAUUUAGGUGCUGCUUUCUUAUUGCUUAUGGGAAAGCAUCAGUGAUACCAGUUUCAUCGAAUGCCACACGAUCUCUUGUAUCCUUUCAUCUUCUGCAGAGAUGUUACAAAGUAAUAUUCUCUAUACUCUGUAAAAUAACAUUGAAUAUUGGGCAACAUUUUAUAGAGAGUAAAUUUGAUGGUACUAUUUUCAA